AUGUGGGCUUCAACAAUGCGAAUAUUUGAACAGUGCUUUGUUAAAGAAAUAAUUGCUGACAAAAAACAAGGAGUAGUAGGAGUCCCUCGGCAUGUGAUUAUCGCAGCACAUUCUGCAACUUGUACAAACUUGCCAAUGAAACAAUUGCCGAAUAAUAUGCCAUUCUACCCAGCCGAUCAGAAAACUUAUUUGUUUAUGGAUGAGGAUUUUACCCAACAUGUGAUUUUACCCAGCUACGUACUGGUAUUACCCAAUAAUGAUUUCCGUUCACUGAGUCAUCAAAGAUUAGUGGGUGUUUCCAUUAAUUUUUCCAUCGAAUCCAACACUUCAUCUUUUAUUGAAUCAUUGCGACAUCCUGAUGAUAAACUGAUGCGCAGCGCUGAAUCAUAUGCUGUUGAUAAAGAUCCUAUGAUUGGCAGAACGGCUCAAGUCCAGGGAUACUAUGUUACGAUGGAUUUCAAUGAGCAAAAAUUAGGACUUGGACAGGCGCUGAAAAUCUGGUUGUUGGUUGGCUUAUGA